UACUUUUCAAACUUACAUAGUAAUAAUUGUUUUGUAAAAUAUUACAAAUUAUUUAGUGCUACUUUUCAAACUUACAUAGUAACUAAAUUUUCAUAUAGUUUCACGUAAUUUGUACACAAUCAAAAAUGAUACUAGUGCAAUUAAUUUCAUGUUCUGAAAAUAGCCAGGAUAUGGAUCCAAUAUUAUUCGAAAUAAAUGAUAACGAUAGAAUUUUCGAGCUAAAGCAAAAGCUGGAGCCAGUAUUAGCGAUUCCUCUAUCUCAGAUUAAUAUUUAUACAUCUGAAGAGAGAAUUUCAGACAAGGAGGUUAUUUCGGACGUUAUGAGAGCACAAGAUUCGGGAACGGAUGCGCUUAUCCAUGUAUUCCAAGGCAAUACUUACCUGGCAAAUCUGUCGUUUUACCGGCAGUUAAAGAGAGAUGGGCAACCUGUGGAAUCGGAGUACAUUGGGAUUUUGGAUCCGUCUUCCAGUAGUAGCAGCGCCGUAUCGGGUUUGCGAAGGAAUAGGCUCCCUAAUUGGAUAAACUGGCAGCUGGCGAUAGCACAAGGUCGGUGCUAUUGCACAACAAUCGGCCCAGGUCUGGGAUCCUGGCCGCUGCUGAUGAGCUCAAAUGCGAGUCGUCCUCGAGCAUGGAGGAGGAGCAGCCCUCGAGCAGCUCGAGCGUGGCUAAUGCAGUGCAUUGACAGGACAAAGGACUGCUGCCAGCAGCAGAACUGCAACAAGCCCGAUACUCGACCCCCCUACGCACGUACUAUGCCCGAAAACAGGCGCUACGGGUUGGUGGUCAGCAAUCUGGACUGCUGCGAAGAUGUGGACGCGGAAGCGGUGGUGGCCCACAUAUUUCAAUUAUAUGAAUCAUGUAGUAUUACGGCGUUGCGUUUUAGCGAUUGCGUCUCGAUGGCCAAGUUCGGUUCGAAUCUGUUAAUCGUGUGCGUGGACGAUGAGACCGCAAAUUGGGUGGUCAGCGCGGUGGACUCCUUGUGCCCACCCCAUUCGUGCUUGCCAUUUUUAAAAUUCUUCGAUCUGUUAAGAUGUUCAUUCGUACUGCCUCUGGUGCGACCCGGCGAGCCAUUGUGUAGCAUGUUUUCACUAAUGGAAAAACAGAACCCGACUCUGGUUACAGAUAAGUGGAGUGUCGUCGAUCGCACUCCUGUGGAUACGUGCGAUCCCGAUCUCGUUACGGACCUCUGUCCGAACGAAGUAAUAGAGCUGUACAUCGACGAAGACAGCAGAGAUUUAAUUUCUCAACAAUGCUCCAAAAUAGUGUAUUUUUGCUGGCACUUGAAGGUCAACUUUGAAUGUUAGAUCUUCACCAAUAUCGGAUAAACCAGAUAAUGUACGGUAUGAAGGCGGCAAUUCGUAACGACGCACGAACGGUCACAUUCGCCCAACGCAGCGAAGAAAACCACCACCACCCGAGGAUUAACAACG